AUGGAAGCUGUCAAUUAUGAAAAAAUUUUUAAGGAUUCAAAACCGUAUAAUAUAUAUAAAGAAUUGGAAGAUAAAGUUAAAGGUGUGACAGAUGGUCAAUAUUGUAGUGAAUUUGAAGGGAUAAAAUCCAGUCAAAAAAAUAAUUAUAUUACACUUUGUAAAAAAGUAUCUAAACUUUUAAAAUAUGUGUUUGAUCAGGGUAAUUCAGGGAAACGUAAAGAAUAUUGUUCACAUUAUAUAUACUGGGUAUAUCAUGAAAUAUGGAAAUUGUUUAAAAGCGAUCAAAAAGCGAGUGAUAUGGGCAUUAUUGACAAAUUUAAUAAAUUACAGAGUACUCUUUUCUAUAACUACAAUAAACACGAUUGUUCGUAUGGAUAUAUUCUCAAGAGCUACGAGGAAAUAGAUUAUAAAAUCGAAAAGAAAUAUUUGUAUGAUUAUUUUAAAAACUAUAACACUAUUAAAAGUAGUAAACAAUGUAGUAAUGUCGGAGGUAGUGAAUAUAGAGCAUACCUUGAAGCUAUCAAAAAACUGUAUCAUGUAGAGUAUAAUUUUUGUUGUUGGACAGGUUUAACACAAUGUCCAGAUUAUAUUUUGAAUUGUGAUAAUAAGUUUGAUCCAAGUAAAUUAUUAUCCGCGUUAGGACCUAAAGGUAGCGAAAGAUGUGAGGGUCUAAAAAGUAUUAAAGCUAUAUUCAAAGAUGAAAAAUCAGAUUCUGAGGAGUUCGAGAAAGAAUUUAUGAGCGCAAUUAAUUAUGGUGCAUGCUAUAGUCCGAAAAAAGGCACAUUAGAAGUAGGAGUUGAUAAAAAACCAGUUUGUAUUUUAUACUCAAAAUUUGUUUCUUUACCCGGUAAUGAGCCUAUAUCUAGAAGCAAUGCAAAGGAAGCGACUGUUAGUAGGCCCUCUGCAGAUAAUGCAAAUUCAAUAUCGAGUGCAGAUCCAGGAAAAGAUGUUCAAGGUGAUGGAAAAGGAAACGGAGGAGAACCUAGUGCUACCGAUGUAAAAAAAGAAAUACCAUCUAGUAAACUCACACGUAACUCAUAUAAGUGGAGCUUUAAACAAGGAGGAAAACUAGAUUGUCAAAGUAGAAAUAAAAAUGAAGAUAGCAUGCGACUUUGCGGUUAUAUGGAUGAAUUGGUUGAAGGAAAUUUUGCUACACAAAUAGAAGGUACUGGGGCAUACAAAGUGCAGGCUGGAAGGUCAUGGACAGAAGAUGAUUUAAAACCAGCACGAGAAAGAGUGUGGAAAAGGAGAUCAGCUAAUAAAUCAAAUAUAUUAAACAACAUUUUUUUCCGUAUUUCUACGGCAGUUACUCUAGUAAUGGGAAUCAUUUUUAUAUUUUACCUUUUUUUUAAAUUUACUCCCUUCGGAUCACGUUUACGUAGACAUAGAAAAAGACAACAAAGGUAUAGGCUUGAUUUCACCGAUUCAAGUACACACAAACGACCAAGGCGCUUCUUAAAACGUACUUAUAGACAUUCUGACAGGAGGAGAUUUAACGUAGUAAAUAUAGAAGAUGAGCUUCAUUCAUCAAAUGAUUUACGGAAUAUCAACUGA